AUGACAGCUAUCGAAAAAGCAAUCGCAGCAAUUGAUUCGCAAGAUGCAGAAGGUCAACUUUCGUACCGCGCAGCUGCAAAAAAGUUUGGUGUUGAAGUCACAACAUUGACGCGCCGGCACCAAAACAAAACACAGUCGCGGGCGGCAGCUGCAAAAAAACGCCAAUUACUCACUCUACCACAAGAAUCUGAGCUAGUAAAAUAUAUAGAAAAACUAUCAAAACGUGGCCUACCACCUUCUCGAUCGAUAGUAAAAAAUUAUGUGGCCGUUAUUGCAGAAUGGGAGCCCUCCGACAGCUGGGUUAACGUCCAUCCCUAA